CUAUCUUGUUCUUUAUCUCUCUCUCUUUCUCUUAAGUCUCUUUAUAGUUCUCUAUUUCUCCGUCCUAUCUGUUUGUGAAAAUGUCUAACAGUCAGGGUGAAGAACACACACAGAAGGCCUUUGGCUGGGCAGCAAGAGACACCUCCGGAGUUCUCUCCCCAUUUCACUUUACUAGGAGGGUCAAUGGAGAUGAUGAUAUUACCAUGAAGAUACUUUACUGUGGUAUCUGCCAUUCAGACCUUCACGUUACAAGGAAUGAUUUUGGAUUUGGCUUGUACCCUGUUGUUCCUGGGCACGAGAUUGUGGGAGUAGUGACCGAAGUAGGGUGCAACGUAGAGAAAUUCAAGAUAGGUGAUAAAGUAGGUGUUGGGUGCUUGAUUGGCUCUUGCCAUUCUUGCGAAAAUUGCCAAGAGGAUUUGGAGAUCUAUUGCCCCAAAGUGGAAAUAACAUACAACAUCGUUGACGACGGCACCGGAAAGAAAAACUACGGUGGAUAUUCUGAUAUCUUCGUUGUUAAUAAGCAUUUUGCCGUUCGCUUCCCGGAAAAUCUACCGUUAGAUGCCGCUGCACCAUUACUAUGUGCCGGGAUUACUGUAUACAGCCCCAUGAAAUACUAUGGACUGGAUAAGUCAGGACUGCAUUUGGGAGUGGUGGGGCUUGGUGGACUUGGGCAUGUGGCUGUGAAGUUUGCUAAGGCAUUUGGUAUGAAGGUGACUGUGAUUAGUACAUCACCAAGCAAGAAGAAGGAAGCCAUUGAACUACUUGGAGCAGAUUCGUUUUUGCUAAGCAAGGACUCAGACCAAAUGAAGGGUGCGGUGAGCACAAUGGAUGGCAUUAUAGAUACGGUUUCUGCACCUCACCCUAUGGCACCAUUGAUUGAUCUAUUGAAGCCUCAUGGGAAGCUAGUGGUGGUGGGUGCAUCUGAAAAAACAGUGGAGCUGCCAAUCUUUCCAUUACUUAUGGGGAGGAAGCUUGUUGGGGGAAGUGCAGUUGGAGGGAUGAAAGAAACACAAGAAAUGAUAGAUUUUGCAGGGAAGCACAACAUUGUGGCUAAUAUUGAAGUUAUAUCAAUGGACUAUGUGAACACAGCCAUGGAUCGACUUGCGAGAGGAGACAUUAGAUAUCGAUUUGUCAUUGAUAUAGCUAAUACCUUGACUGUUUAACUAAUCUAUCUGAGUCAACAUUCACAUCUUUUUCUUCUUCUUCUUCUUUUUUUUUUUCUUUUUUUUUUUUUUUUUUUUUUUGUGUGUACUUUUCAAUUUUUUUUAGGGUUUGGGAGUAGUAGGAAGAAUAAUAUUUGUAUGGAAAUGAUUAUUUGUUUCUUAUAUGGUGAGAUUGAUAUGAGUUGAAGGCCCUAUGGUUAUGUAAUAGUUCAUUUGCUAAUAAAUUGUCAUCAGUUUUGAGGUGA